AUGUCAGGAGUGGGUCAGUUAGAACCAUUUGAUUUAAAUCACCCAAAGAAAUGGACAACUUACAAGCAGCGUUUUGAGCUGUAUCUUCUGGCCAAUGACGUUACGGAGGAAGCACGGAAGAAGGCUGCAUUGCUUACGCUGGCUGGCGCUCCACUGUUCGAGCUUCUAACGUCAUUGGCAUCCCCUACUCAGGUGAGUGAUUUGAGUUUAUCGGAAAUAUAUGAAAUACUCAACCAACAUUUGUCUCCAUGUCAAUCGGAAAUUGCGGCCUACUACCAAUUUCACAAGCGAGACCAACUAAUUGAUGAAUCGGUUGCGAACUACAUGGCUGCACUUAGGACUCUCGCUGUCGACUGCAAAUUCGCAGCUGCGUUGGAUCGCAUGUUGCGCGAUCGCUUCGUAUGUGGAAUGAAGGAUGAGGGUCUUCAGAAAAGUCUUCUAGCAGAGGCAGAUUUAACGAUUCAACGCGCGAUGGAACGCGCCACAUCUAGUGAGGCCGCUGCUCACAGCGCUUGGGCCAUGCGAAAUACAGCUGAGAGCACUGAGUCGAUUCACGAAGUGCAGACUAACGCGAUCCGUCCAAGCCGACCGAAUCAGCACCACCAGCCAUGCGAUGGUUGCGGGGGUGCUCACUUGCGGAAACUGUGCCCACAUCGGAACACUGUGGCAUGGCCUGUCACCGAGCAGGCCAUCUUCAACGAGUCUGCAGGGCUGUAA